UUGUAAGUUUACACGAUUUAAAAACAUUUUGACAGUUUUUUCACUAAUAGAACUGACAAUCAUCUGUCUUUAGACUUUCAAUAUUUGAACUAUUAUUAAUUGAAAAAAAAAAAUAAAUUAGUUCAUCGAACUAUAAAUCUGUUAAUAGUGAAAAAUUUUACAAAAUAAGGGAAGCAAAAUAUAAUAGUUUCUAGUUAGCUCCACCGCAUAACUAUAUUCUUGAGUCCAUAACUUCAAUUCUAAGCUAAAAUUACAGCUUUCAGUGACCAUAACGAGGAUACAGCACAGCUCACUUUAGUAUACUUCUCUUCGCACUACACUAAAUGCCAAUUGUUCAUUGUUUCCUGUAGAAUAUUCUUUUCGGUUUCGACCCAAAAGUUUGUUUAUUAACAUUAAUUCUAUGUAAAGCUAGAAAUGGGAAGAAAACUUUUUUGGUAUCUAGAUGUUGGUAGUGGGAAUGUUUUUGUUUAAAAACUAACUUUGGUUGUUAAGCAUGUCAGGCAUCGAUAAAACAAUAAUUUCAGUGUUAAUAUUUAUUAAAGAAAUUUGAUUCCAAAAACAAGUUGCAUUUUAUAUUCUUUAAAGUUUCAGAAUAUAAGCCAUGUCUUAUGCCACAAGAUACGGUGGUCAUAUUCCAAAAGCACUCAAUCACAAUAAAGUGGUGCAUCAAAAAGACUCCAACGAUAUUCUUUUAUGUGAAUUUUCUGAUUAUAAAUGUUAUCAUCAGCGUUAUAAGGAGCUUGAACCAAUAGAAUAUAAAGGAAUUGGAACUACAUUGCCAGGAUAUGAUAGAUUUCAGAUCUACAAUCGAGCUGCAGGAAUUGUUCCUAACUAUGGUGGUCAUGUGCCAGGAAAGAAUUUACAAUAUGGCAAAACUUUUGGAAACAUUACAAUUGAUGCUAGAAAAUGGCUUUAAAGAAGUUAAAGGGAAUUUAUUUUCAACGAAAACAAGAUUUACAAUGUUCCAAAAAAUGUGUGUUCAAAUUUGUUUUAAAUUAAGUGAUAUCAUUUUUAGAGUUUUCAAAGAAAUAUACAAGUUUACUUUCAACAAUUAAAAAAAAGAGUGUAGGGAUACUAUAAUGUGGUUUUGCACUUAAUGCUCCGUUUUGAUUCAAAUACUUUCUGUCAGAAGUGUUUGUUGUAAGAUAUCUACUCUAAUAUCAUAAAGCUAAAGAGUGUGUUUGCUUGUUUGUUUGGACCUGCUAAUCUCAAGAAGUACCGGUCCGAUUUGAAAAAUUCUUCCAGUUUUAAGACCAUUUAUUGAUUGACAAAAGCUAUAGGCUAUAUUACAUUACGCUAACACUAAUACGAGUAUUUUUUCUCUUUUGAGAGCUUCUAAUGCACGCGCUGCAGGAACAGUUAAGUUGUUGAACAAAUUUUGUUCGCUGUAUCAGUUUUCAAAGAAAGUCCCUGACAGCAGAUGUUUAUCUUUUAAAGUUUUUUCAAUCAAAGAAUGCAAGUAAUGCCGAAGGGCGUAGCUAGUGUAUUGUAAAAGAAUUCCUGGUUUUAGGAAUUAGAACUAUUUGUAUCUUAAAACCUAACAUUCUUAUGCUAAACACUACAAUUCAUAAUACUGUAAUUCGAUAACCUUGUAUCUACAGCUGUGGUGUAAUAUCGAUAAAUAAUAAAUAAAAUUCAAUCUAACAAUCAUUAAUAAACCGUUAAACAUCUAUAUAAUUAUAGAAAAACGUCUAAUAAAUCACUUUUAUUAACAAAACAAACUUGUUUGGCAGAAAUAGAAAUAAAAUUCCACAAACAUUCAGCAUAACAUUUCAAGAUUUUAGAAUAACACAAAAAUUCAUUGCAAUCGAACAACGCGACGACGGACAAAUACCACUCUGCAACCCGCAACCCGUAACUAAAUGUUGUAGUUUUCUGCUGACGCCAAAGAAUGGCUGACGACAAUUAAUGACUAUAGACGCACCAAAGUCUACAAUGCCAACCACAUUUUUGUCAUUCAUUAUGGUUGUUUUUUUUUUCUUUUUUCAAUUUGUUGCUUAAUCGAUUUUUAUUGUUUAACUAUUUACAAUGAACAUACGUAGACACAUAUUAUGAAUAAAUAAUAUAAAAUGUUUGCUUUCAAAACUGAAUUUAAGUUUAAUCUCAUUUUGAAAAUUCAAUAUGAUUUUGAAAUUAGAGCAUUCGAUAGGAAGGUAGAGAAUGAUAAAAUUUGUAUCUUUAACUGAUGGAAAAUAAAUUGAUCACGAUCUUGAUGAGAGAAAAUGAACUCACUCGUCUAUGCACCAAACUUAAGGAAUAUUUUUCUUAAGGUUGUGAUAUUUUAAUUUGCAUUUAUUAAUUAGCAUAUAUACUUUACUAUAUACAGAGCUCGAUGAACGAACCAAACA